CAGGAUUUGUUUGUAUUUUCAAAGAGUUUCCAGGAAAGUUUGGACGAUUAUAACUGUAUUUUAACUAGUGAUUUGAAAACAGAAGAUGUGAAAAGGGAAUCCCAGCCUGCCUUUUACGAAAAUUGUCAGUGAACGAUCGCCUAUUCCAGAAGCCAUAUCAUUCCAUGCCAUGGCGAAAGCACUGGACAUUGAGACUUUGCCCCUAGAAGUUAUAGAGGCACUUGUUUCUUUUCUCUCGUCAAAAGAUUUAUCCAAUUGCAUAGGCGUUAGUAAAACAUGCACUUAUUGAACAAUUGGAGAUGUGGGCGCUUCAGGAAGGAAGUAAUUGGAAGUGGUUUAACCCGUGAUGUGAUUGGCUUUGACUUUACUUAUACUGAAAUAUCAUUUUUGGACGAUGACCAUAUACUUGAAAAGGAACAUGUCUAUGAUAAAGGUCUAACAUAUGAGACUAGAGUUUGGAAUGUAGCUGAGACUCCAGUCCUAGUAUUGACUAUACCCCACUGUUUGAGUGAACGUUUUGAUGCUGACACUUAUCAAAUAGUCAAUAGCAAUCUGAUAGUUGUCAUCCAAUGUAAUUUAGUACAAGUUUACGAAAUCAGCUUGGAUUCUAAAAACUGUGUUCUGAAUCAUCUCUUCUUUUUUGAUAAACCGGAGGAAUUCUCUCGUAGUUUAACAGCUGAUAGCGAUAUUGAAAGUAUCGUGGUCUCAUCAAUUAAUGACUUUCCAGAGUUUCAGUUUCUUUGUCAGUUUGUUUUUAGUGGGCAAUAUAUGAUUGGAACCUAUAAACAUGGGGAAUCUGCUCUAUUACACAUUUGGGACGUCAAGACGGGGAAAAAGGUUAAAGAAGACAGAUACGAAAUCGGACCAAUACAAGAUAUAACUUUAGAAUCUACUCAGCAAGUCACUGAUAAGGUCCUCGUAACCUACCAUUUAAAACAUGUCACUAACAUAGGAAAUGAUGUUGGAAAGAGUACCUCAAUUAUUUAUGAUAUUUCACGGUUACAGUUUAUCCUGCCUAGUCGGUUUGUUCACAAUGGAUAUGUGUUGUAUUUUGAUGGCCAUUUGAGUGUCAUACAAACCGCUAGCACACCCCUCAAGAUAGUAUAUCAUCAUGAUGCAAUGAACCAGAGUAAAACCAUGACUGGUAUAGAAACAUGUCCUACAACCAAUGUUCAUCCCCUAGGCAGUAACCUAUUGAUAUCUACCGAGCAACAAAUAUACCUUGUAAAUCCUGUCAAUUUAGUAACCCGUAACCUAAUGAGGGCCGAUUUUCCACUUUUGUAUACUGUGUUGGCUGGAAGAUUUAUCUUGUUGCAUGGGUAUUUAUACUUACUGAUGGGGACAUGCUUUCAAGAGGUAUGGGAGAUUGGCGAAACAGAAUGCAGAAAAGUUUGGAAAUAUCCAAAGACAGAACGUUGUAUAGCCAGGAUGUCAAAUAGUGUCUGUUCUAAAGUUCUUUUGGAGCAUGAGAACGGAACAUUUAUUGUAUUGAAUUUCUGGUAGAAAGUAGGAAUGAUUGUUGUUACCCUAAAAUAGUGUUAUUACCUACUCUCACUGAGUUAGUGGAUUGACAUUAAGUCAAAACAUUAAGUUUUGGCAGUUAAACACUACAAAAGGUUUGAUCUCACCUAUUUCCCUAUUUCCACCCCCAGCUUUGUAAUGGGCGUAAUAGUUUUUUGUACGAAAUAAAGCGAUAAGUACUGAAAAACUUGAUUCUGAGAAACUCCCUAAGAUUAAGAUAUUCACCAAC